GGCCCGGCCCGCGGCGGCCCGGGGCGCUCCGUGGUGCUCCGUGGUGCGGAGGGGAGCGCAGCGGAGCGCGGUGCGGGUGUGAGCGGCGCCGGCCGCUGCCAACUUUCCCGGCGCAGGAUGGCCGCCAAUUUCAACGACAUCGUGAAGCAGGGCUACGUGCGCAUCCGGAGCAGGCGGCUGGGGAUUUACCAGAGAUGCUGGUUAGUAUUCAAAAAAGCUUCAAGCAAAGGGCCAAAGAGGCUGGAGAAGUUCUCAGAUGAGCGAGCUGCUUACUUUAGAUGCUAUCACAAGGUCACAGAGCUCAAUAAUGUGAAGAAUAUCUUACGAAUGCCAAAAAGCACAAAGAAGCAUGCUGUUGGAAUUUAUUUUAGUGAUGACACAUCAAAAACCUUUGCUUGUGAGUCAGAUUUUCUGGGCAUUUGUACAGAACUUGAGGCAGAUGAGUGGUGCAAGGUGCUGCAGAUGGAGUGUCUUGAAACACGGAUUAAUGACAUUAGCCUUGGAGAGCCUGACUUGCUAGCAUCCGGAGUAGAGAGGGAGCAGAGUGAGAGAUUCAAUGUGUAUUUGAUGCCAUCCCCUAAUUUAGAUGUGCAUGGGGAAUGUACCUUGCAGAUAACAUUUGAGAAUAUCUGUCUUUGGGACAUCCAGAAUCCCAGAGUAAAACUCGUCUCUUGGCCAUUAAGUGCCCUCCGGCGCUACGGACGGGACCCCUCUUGGUUCACAUUUGAAGCUGGGAGGAUGUGUGACACAGGAGAAGGACUAUUCAUCUUUCAGACCAGAGAUGGGGAAGCAAUCUAUCAGAAGGUUCACUCCGCUGCUUUAGCCAUAGCAGAACAACACGAGCGCUUGUUGCAGAGUGUGAAAAAUUCAAUGCUGCUUGAGUUACAACUCCCUUCAGGGGAAGCAGUGCUAGCCCAGGACCAGGGCAGCACCAAGCUUCAGAUGAAAAUGAGCGAGCGAGCCGUGUCCCUCAGCACCAUGGUGCCCCUGCCCCGCAGCGCCUACUGGCAGCACAUCACACGACAGCACAGCACUGGGAAGCUCUAUGGUCUGCAAGAUGUUUCUAGCCCAGUGAAGCUUCAUCGCACGGACACUUUUCCAACCUACAGGUCAGAGCAUCGAUAAAAGACUGCAAAUAACUUUACAAAGUCUUUGUCUUCUGACAGACUGGCCCAGUGGAUGACAGUGAUGAUGAUAAGCAAGAAUGGAAACAUGGAAAAUUUCAGUUGGAUGAAAAAUUCUUGCAAUACAAAGGGUUUUUUUUAAACUUUGCCAAAAGCUAAAACUAUAUUGGAAAAAACCCCAGCAAACCCUCCAGUGUAUCUUUUAUAUCUGACAGCUGGACAGAGAAGAAAUCACUCCCUAAAUAUUUCCAAAUGUUUUUUGUAUGAUAGCUAUGUUGUAAACUAUGUUGUAAAUAUGAGACUCUUCUGUUAUAGUGUGGUUCUAUUUUGUCUAUUACAGCUGUGUGUUCACUGAUGUCAGCUGUGUCAUCCUUGUUUGUUGUAAUGCUUAUCUUCAGUUAUUUACAUUAUUGUUCAGCCUAAUCCUUGACCUUUGAAAUGGUGGCCAGUUUUAAGUAGCUAUUGGAUACAAUUUUUCCUGUUUGAAGCCUGAUGAAGACUUGAUUGAUUUCUUUUAAAAGCACCCUCUCUGUCUUCUAUUUCCUGUAUUUAUUUCCAUCUCUGUAAAUGCUUGAAAUAAAAAAGUCCUGCUUAA